AUGCUGUCUCAUUUAUCAUACUUCGAUUUACAUGAUGUUUUGGCUUAUGAUGCUUUGGCUUAUGAUGCUUUGGCUUAUGAUGCUUUGGCUUGUAAUCUUCCGUUUAUUUGUGCUUUCAUAGGGAAGUUUCAUGAAGCAGCAUCAUGGAUCAUGGCACGAAUAACUUAUGGAGUCAAGAUCAGAAAGCAUCUCAGCAAUUUGAUCAUUGAUAAAGUUAUGAUGAAUUGGUAUAAGUUGCUCAAUUUGCCAAAAAAGCUUAUCGUGACAAUUGCAUAA